AUGGUUGGAGGGCAGAGCGUGAGGGAGGGAGGAAGAUGGAAGGGAGGGAAGAGGAGAGAGGGACAGCUGCUGCUUCUGUCUGUCUGCUUCCUGAGCUGCUGGGUCGGAGCCCUCGCAGGGAGAGAACAAGAGCUGAAGGUUCGGCGAGCAAAGAGAGGACAGGCAAUGCUCGACCGUUUGGAGGACAAGUAUAAGUUGCAAGAGUUUGGCGCUGCUGAUGGAGCAGAGACGAUGCGUAUGCUGCUACUGAUGUUUGCUGCAUCCUCCACUCACCUUGCUGUGAACCUGACAGCCCAAGUUCACUCCGCCAUCGCUCCCCGACGGCUACCACAGACAUCCCUUUACAGCACCAACUUCCUCGAUGACCUUCUCAAUGGCCAUCAAGGAUCAAGAUGGACCUCAGGCCCUUUGACUUAUGACAGCGCAAGCCUGGCAGACUCAAUGCAAGACCUCAACGCUGACAUCAAGAGAAGGGAGAACAUCUGGGACAGCCUGGUAGACCAGGGAGGAGAGGAGUACGCGGAUCUCAAAGUGCACAACAUUCGUAAUGAAGCAAACAGAAAAAUCGGAGAAGCGCAGGCUGUGGCUCAGAGGGCUCUCAGGAGGGAGUAUGCCAACUCCGUUGCUGCGGCAGUACAGCAAGCAAUGAUGCGGGCUGAUGUGGAGCAUCAAGAAGAAGUUGCUAGAGAGAAAGCCAAGAAACGAGAGAAGGAGGCUGCUGAAGCAGAAAAGAAAGCUCUCCUCCUUCAGAUCGUCAACUCCGCCAUCUUACAGAAGCAGAAGAAGCUCAAGCUGGAGUAUUCCGCGCUCAAGAAAGAGUCCGAGAGAAAGAUCCAGCAGCUGCAUCGCAAGCUGAGGAGGCUCAAGAGUUCGUCUCAGUCACACUGGGCGAUCAGGUCCCAAGAAGAGGCUGGACUGACAGCAGCCAAGCUGAGGGUGCGCGUGAAGCUGGAGCGAGAGAAGCUUGCCAAGGACGCCUCAGAGGAGAGCCGCUCGAAAGCUGAGAAGGUGGAGGGCAAGCUGGAGGGUCUGCUUGACCGGCUGGGAGACGCUCGUGCUGGACUCGCGUGGUUGUCAGCAAAGCUCGGAGCUGCUCGCGAUGACGCAUCAUCAGCUCACUCCGCCGAGGAGAGGCAAGAUUGGUGGGAACGCAAGGCCGAGGACGCGGGCAAGCUUGCUCGAUCGGCUGAGGAGGAGAAGGAGGACGCGCUGUCUCAGAUGCGACAGGAGCGAAGGAGAGCCGAGAGGCACCUCAAGCUGGAGCAGGAGGCCAACGCGAAGGAAGAGGAGGAGCGCGAGGAGGAAGAGGAGGCAAUCGAGGCAAGGAGGAAAGCCGAGGUCAGGCCCGACCUACCUGUUGCUCCGGUGUGGGCAGCGCGGGAGGAGGAGGCGGCAGAAGAUGCGAGUAGUCAAGUCAGCAGGAUGACGUCAGCAGCUGAGAAGGAGAGGGAGGCGAUGAAGAAGCUUGCGGAUGAGGACGCAAAACUCCAAGAGCUUGCGGAUCAGCUGGAGUUGGCAGCGACAAGGGCGAGGGAGGAGGAGGAGGAGGCGAAGAGGAUGGCGCAGCAGGCUGAGGAAGACGAGAAAGCGGCGGAAGAGAAGGAGCUGCUGACCAUCCAGCGCAUGCAUCAACUUGAGGCUUCUGGCGUCGAGGACUCGCGAGAGAUGAUGCGUCUCAGAGCUGAGCUCGAGAAGGCUCACAACGAGACUGAAGCCGCGAGAAUGGAAGGAGUGCGAACUCAAUCUGCUUGGAAGUUCUCAGAGCAAGAAAGAAUCAAGGCGGAAGCAGCUGAGAACGACGCGAUCCUCUCAGCAAAAGAAGCGCAGAAGGAGCGAGAAGAAGCUCUUGCCAAGAUCCAAGCAGCGGAGGAGAAGACAAAAACCGCGCUGGAAGCGAAGGACGCUGCAAGCAAGGAGGCAGCAGAAGCUGCCAAGAAGGAGGCUGAAGAGGAAGAGCUGGCCAACUCAGAGAAGACGCGGAUCUCCGAGGAGGAGGAGAAGCUCAAGGACGCCUACGCUCGUGCUGGCCAGCUGGAAGAGAAGUUGACAGCAUCACAAGCUGCCCAGAAAGCGGCGGAGGAUGCGACAAACAAGGCACGAGAAGGAGGAAAGGAGUGCGGAGGAGGAAGGAUCCUUUCCCAAAUCUGCUAUCUUAACCGAUACGCCCAAGAGAAAGCCAAGGCGGAGGAAGAGGCGGCGGCGGAGGAGAAGAAGGCGGCCAGUGCGAACGAGAAGGCGGAGAAGGAGGAGGAGGAGGCGAAGUCAGCAGGGCAGGCAGCAGCUGAGGCGAAGGCGAUAAUGAUGAAAGAGGAGGACGAAGCUAAGGCUGCCCAUGAAGCAGCGGAUUCAGCCAACCAGAAGGAGGAAGAGGCAGAAAGGAAGCUGGCAGCUGCUCUUGCUCGCGCUGAGAAGGAGCAGGAGGAUGCGAAGUCAGCAGAAUCGCUGAACAAUCAGAAGCUAAAAAGCGCCACCGAGCAGUUCGUUCAAGCCUCUCAAGAAGCUGCUCGAGCACAGGAGCGAGCAGACGAGCUGGAGGAACAGCUCAAGGAGGCGCAGGCGAUGAUGAAGGCUGCUCAAGCUAGAGCUGAGAUGUACUCUGCUUCUGCUGCCUCCAAUGCAACAGCGCUUGCUCAGGAGAAGCAGGAAGCUCAGGCAUGGAAGGAGGAGCUCGAGCGACGAGCAGCAGCAGCGGAGGAGGCGACAGCCAAGGCGAUGGGAAAGAAGUGGUGUGUGGUUGAAGGAACGUGCGGGUCGUCGCUGGGGGAUGGACAAUUCUUCGACACAUGUGCUCCUAUCACAGAGAAAGGAUGCUCCUGCCGCAACUCGUUCAUGACCAAGGGACACCUCGUGACGGGAUGUACCGAAGAGAGAUCACAAGGGCAACCCUGGUGCAAGGUCAGGGAAACAGGAUGCGGACAGCAGAAUGCUGACGGCGCAUGGUGGGACUUCUGCACCUGA